GACGCUUCGGCGAAGCCAGGGAUGUAGUAUAAACGUUAAUGGAUGUCCAGGGUGCGCCGUGUCGCCGGCCGCUGGCCAGAGGUACUAGGGAGGCACCGGCAGGAGCUCUGGCGAGGAUGCACCUUCCCCUGCCUUGGAAAGGUCAUGGAGGGGCCGGCGGCCUGGGAGCCGCAGGGCGCCGAGGCGCUGCGACGUUUCCAGGGCUUGCUGAUGGACCGUCGCGGCCGGCUGCACGGCCAGCUGCUGCGCCUGCGCGAGGUGGCCCGGCGCCUCGAGCGCCUCCGCAGGCGCUCCCUGGCGGCCAACGUGGCAGGCAGCUCGCUGAGCGCCGCCGGCGCAGUCACCGCCAUCGUGGGGCUCUCGCUCAGUCCGAUCACCCUGGGGGUGUCGCUCCUGGCAUCGGCCGUGGGGCUGGGGAUGGCCACCGCCGGAGGGGCCGUCACCAUCACCUCUGACCUCUCCCUGAUCUUCUGCAACUCCCGUGAGGUGCGGAGGGUGCAGGAGAUCGCGGCCACCUGCCAGGACCAGAUGCGUGAGAUCCUGAGCUGCCUCGAGUUCUUCUGCCGCUGGCAUGGCCGCGGGGACAGCCAGCUGCUGCAGAGUGGGAGGAACGCGUCCAUGGCCCUGUACAACUCCGUCUAUUUCAUCGUUUUCUUCGGCUCACGUGGCUUCCUCAUCCCUAGGCUGGCCGAGGGGGCCACCAAGGUUAGCCAGGCCGUGCUGAAGGCCAAGAUUCAGAAACUGGCGGAGAGCCUGGAGUCCUGCACGGGGGCUCUGGAUGAACUCGGUGAGCAGCUGGAGUCCAGAGUCCAGCUCUGCACGAAGUCCAGGCGGGGCCACGACCUCAAGAUCUCGGCUGACCAGCCCUCGGCGCUGUUUUUCUGAGAACAUCCUUUCUCCUAACCACUGAGGCCAGAAACCAUUCCUGUGGGACGUGCCAGAUUUGUAGGUCCCUCAGGAACACACCAAGCUGCGUUGGGAGCGGAGUGCAAAGGAUGAGAAAAACUUUGAAGUGGAAGGUCCUCACAUAGCCCUUCUUUUCCCAUCACUGUGACAUCCUGCUGGGGAUGAGUGCUAGGAACUGUUUACUUGCCUGAUCCUGGUGGAAUAUGUGACCCACAAACCAUUUUUCCUUUACUAAAACUGUUCGGUCUUCCCAUCACUGGGCCCUCCUUGGGUGGUCCCCGCCCCUGUCCCGGAGGUUUGAGCUGAGGUUGGAGAGGGUGCAGACUUAGCCACCCUCUGGGUCGGUCCUCAGAAGGCCUGCGUGAGGAGGCAUAAGCUUUACCGCCUCUCUUCCAGAGUUUCUGAGUACAAAGACCUCCAGAAUCCAGAGCAAAGAGACCCUCUCUGAACAGUGUAGGAGGGGCCUACAGAGGCCCCUCCCUCUGACUUGCCGUCCCCUCCCCUCUCAGCUCAUCCACUCGCAGAUCCAGCCUGGGGAUGGAGUAGACCUUCCUGGGGUCUUCAUAUCCAGACUCCAAGAGGGGAAGCCAACCAGUCACCUAAGUGCUGCUUCGUGUGAUAGGAAGCUGAGGCCGAGGAAGAUGAAGUGACUAACAUUUACUGACAUCAUAGUGUUGAGGGCAAUGGCCUCAAGUUAGACCCUGGGUUUAUUACAGACUCUGUCACUACUGUGUGAUCUUGGCCACUUAGUCUCUCUGAGAUUCGGCUUCCUGGUGGGUAAAAGAGAGAUGCUAAAACCUUACCCUGUUGUGAGUCUUAAGUGAGAUAAAGUGCCUAGCACAAUGUCUGGCUCACAAGAGUGGCCCCUGGGCUGGCAGCAUUAACAUCACCCGGGAACUUGUUAUACAGGCAAAUUCUUGGACUCAACCCCUGACUUAUGGAGUCAGAAACUCUGGAGGUGGGCCCAGCAACCUGUGUUUAAACAAGCUCUCUGGGGGAUUCUGAUGCCUAGUGAGAUUUGAAAACAAACCCACUGCAACAGAUGUUAAUUUCUGAUCCCCUCAAUGAGCUUCCACAAAGUCUCGUGGCUUCUCUAAGGGCUGCAUGGUCUUCAGAGUCAUUCACUAAAGGCCAAGGACAGACUGUGUCCCAGAAAUAAAAGAAUGUGUGGGCACUGGCCAAUGCACCUGGUGCUCCUUCCCACCAUGUUAACCAAGAGAUGUAGCAUAAUGAGCCCUGUAGAGGGCAGUGUUGUCCACUCAUUGUAGAAACUGGUACAGAAAGGAAUGUGAAUUUAUUGGAAGUUGACCCUUAUUACCUUCUUUGAAAACUGCUAGACCAUGUAUUUUUUAAUUUAUUUUAAUUUUUUAUUUAAUUACUGUUUAUUAUUUGCUUCUAAUUUUAUUUAAUCAUCACAUUUAGAAAAUAAUAGGAAUUGGAAGUGUCUGAAUGGGAGACUACUGAGGCUCUUUUCAGGAGAAGAGGUUGAGUUUGGCUUUCUGAGGCUGGUUAUGAGUGCUCCAGGAGUACAUCUCUCUCCUUCCCACAUGAAGGAAAUGUGAGAAGUUGUGAAUAGAGAGACUGGAGCUGAGUUUAAGCUUAUAAAUGGAGGCUUGACUUGCAGGAUCUAGAAAUGAUGCGGGCAUAUUUAACCUGAAGGUACCUUGCCAGCAGAUAACACUUGAUCUGAAAAGAGAACCUAUUUAGCUCACAGUUCUGAACCAUUUUCCAGGAAAAAAAAAAUUAAAGGCAUAUGAAGGAAGCACUUAGACCUUGGAAGCCUGAUGCCCUGUAAAGUUAUGUCUCACGGGUGACAGACAAAAUAGUUUGUGUUGUAGUGGUGAUGUGUUGUAUAUCAUGUAGGGGGCUGUGAGAAAUCUGUAAGCUGCUUCUAAGAAAGUAUACUUUCUUUCAUUUCCAUUUCUACAACUUUAAUAUUAAAAAACAUGUUGAAAAGUCUUUGGGACCAGACACAUACAAUAGUUAGCUGUAUUUCUCAAUUAUUUAAUAUGCUUUUAAUUUAUUCAGUUUUCUCCCAUGCUUCCCAAUGAUGGCAAUAUGUCUGAGGAAGUAUAAUUUCAGUGAUGGGGGGGAGGUGGUUAGUGGUUCUAUAUUUUAAUUUUUCCUAUAAAUUUCAAUCAAUCUGUAUCCUGGUUUAUUUUCAAGUUGUCCCUGGUUUCUUUUGAAACUGGUGUCAUUUCCUAGACUACUUUGCAUAAAUGCUAGCAUUUUAGUCACCAAAAUGUACUUCACAUUGUCAUUUGUGUUCUGUCUCAAAGGUACAACCACUCCCUAACUCCAUCUUCUAUUAAUGCUUAAGCUGGAAGUCUAUUCUUCCAAUGCCUGAGCUGUUCCCUAGAAAUAAACAGGGCACUUUUGGUGGCAGCUGCAAACAUGUCCUAUCCUUAGGGUAUUUUGUGUCUAUCAGAGUCCUAACCUCCUGAAGUUAUUUAAGUGGCCCACUUUACAUCUAAGGAAGACAGUCUACUUUGGAACAACAAACUGCGCACAAGAGAAGCUCAAUAAAUGCAUUGGAGUAAUUUAAUAAACUGCUUAGCUAUGUUAAUAGAAAUUUGUUGAUAAUGAAAGAGCAUCCAUCCCCUACAUGUCUGUUAGAAAGAUUGGAGCCUCUAUCAGGAUUUAGUCAAGUUCAGUUCAAUGAAUCCUAAAGACAAAUACUUAUUUAUUUCUUUUGUGGAAAUGUGAAUAAGGCUUUUCCUUAAGGCCUACAUUCUUUAAACAAACAGAUUGAAAUGGUAUGUUGUAAAGGGGAGAGGGGAGAGAGGUAUUUAGGUCACAAGUAUACUUCAGAAAAAGGUCCCGAUUUUGAAAAAUAAAUAUGCUUAUA